GGACAGUAGGGGGCGACCAACGCCUGAACGUUGCUAAGGAAACCGAAGAACUAGCAUCACAACAACAACACGGCUCGCAACGUUAGCUCAAAGAAGAGCGGAGUGAAUUUUUUUCUGCUAAUUCGGAACAUAUUAACAGGUACGCUGGAAUUUUCUGAUACCCACUCGGACAUGUCCUAUGUCUUCAUCAAUGACUCGUCGCAGACUAACGUGCCCCUGCUGCAGGCCUGCAUCGAUGGAGACCUGCCGUUCGCCAAGAGGCUCCUGGAGACGGGCUGCGACCCCAACAUCCGAGACAACCGGGGUCGCACCGGCCUGCACCUAGCCGCCGCGCGAGGGAACGUGGAGAUAUGCCGGCUCCUGCACAAGUUCGGGGCCGAUCUGCUGGCGACUGAUUACCAAGGAAACACAGCUCUGCAUCUCUGUGGUCAUGUGGACACGAUACAGUUCCUGGUCUCCAACGGGCUGAAGAUCGAUAUCUGCAACCACAACGGCUCCACCCCUCUGGUGCUGGCGAAGAGACGCGGCGUCAACAAGGACGCCAUCCGUCUGCUGGAGGGACUGGAGGAGCAGGAGGUGAAGGGCUUCAACAGAGGACCCCACUCCAAACUGGAGACCAUGCAGAUGGCCGACAGCGAGAGUGCGAUGGAGAGCCACUCCCUGCUCAACCCCAACCUGCAGAGCAGCGAGGGCGUCCUGUCCAGCUUCAGGACCACCUGGCAGGAGUUUGUGGAGGACCUGGGCUUCUGGAGGGUCCUGCUGCUGCUGGUGGUCAUCGCCCUCCUCUCCCUGGGCAUCGCCUAUUACGUCAGCGGAGUCCUGCCUUUCUCCAGCAGCCAGCUGGAGCUGGUGCACUGAGCGAGGGCGGGGUGAUGUCGUGCUGAGAACACGUGUUUAAGUAUUGUGUAACAUAACCCUUUAAAAUGAGAUCCCCGUGGAAGCUGCUUUUAAAACAAGUCUCUGGUCUGGUUUUAAUGCGGUUCUAGAAAGACAGGUGUCCUUUAAUGUCCUUCUUACUGUACGCUCUGUUACAAGCUGUUUGUUGCCAACUUUUUCUAUCUUUUAUUUUCCUACUCCUCCCAUCUUUCAGCUGUUAUUUAUCAAUUGUCGUCUGUAUUCUUUCUGCACGCUGUGUGUUUUUCUUGCUUUCUUCGCCAAUUCCCUCCAUCUGGUAUUGCAGCUGGAGCCAGUUUACUGUAGUAGUGAUAACUGGAAGUUGAUUCCUCGUGUUGCAUCGCCUGCUGACGUAGAGAAGCUCCUCGGCUGAGCGCCUUGGUGAGAGAGAGAAGACAUUCCCGUCAGAAGCACGCUGCUGUGAUGCAUUAAUAUCGGCCAUGUUGUUAGGAACCUCACACAUGGAACCAUGUUUAAUAACUGUGGGGUUAUGGCACCAAAUUAGGACUUGUUUUGUUGUAUUUUCAUUUUAAUGUUCUUUGUAAACCACGUUUUAUAUGUUGGAGGUUUUCCACCCGAUGAUUGUCUCUGCACUACAUCACAUUCGAAGGAAAUCCUGAUUUAAUGUGGAAACAUAAUAAUAACAUCAUGUGUAUGACUCUAAUCAACAAGAUGACUC